AUGACUGACAGAGUAGAGGGUGCAGGAAUCGAAGCAUCGUCAUUGCUCCCUCUUGCACUGCUCAACACGGUGACGCUGCUCUGGGGCACGCAGCACGCCGUGAUCAAGCUCAUUCUGCAGGAGGACCUAAGCCCUGGGGUGACAAACUUUGCCCGGUUCGGUAUCGCAGCGCUGAUCUUCUCGCCAUGGACGCCAGGGGUGCUCCGAGAUACACCGUCCAUCCCUGAUCUUUUAACUGGUCAAGUAGGUGUAGGGGACAAAGAAGGGGGAGAGUUGGGUGCUGCUGAUGGUGGUGGUGGUGGUGGUGGUGCUGCUGCUGCUGCGGAAACGUGGCGUGCCGGAGCGGAGCUCGGCGUGUGGAUGUUCUUGGGUUUUGCUUUCCAGUCGAUAGGUCUGGGCCUUACAACUGCAAGCCGGAGCGCGUUCCUGCUCUACCUGAACGUCAAGCUCGUGCCGUUCUUCGCCUUCGUGCUGGAGGGCCGGAGAAUCUCCACACCCACCUGGAUCAGCGCCUUCCUCGCCUUUGUGGGGACCGUGCUUUUGUCCUCCGACGGCACGCCUCCGAACCUGGGAGACUUCUGGAGCGUGCUCGCCGCCGCGACCUCGGCCAUGUUCAUCCUGCGCUUGGAGAAGUACUCGGGGAGCUGCGACCCCUCCCAGCUCAACAGCGCGAAUCUGUGGAUCACGGCCGGGUUGUGCGGGGCGUGGGCAGCAUGGGAGGUGACCGUGCGAGGCGUAGACGUCAGCAUGGCACUCGAAGGCAUUCAAGCGCAGGCCCCGCUCAUAGGCUACCUCGCAGUCGUCACCACGGCCCUCACCAACUGGAUGCAGGCGGUGGGGCAGCGCAGCGUGCCGGCCGAGCGCGCCGCUAUCAUCUACGCCAUGGACCCCGUCUACGCGGCGGGGUUCGCGUACCUGCUGCUGGGGGAGACUCUCGGGCCAGCAGGGCUAGUAGGUGCGGGGAUAAUUACGGGGGCCGCGCUUUGGAGCCAGGGGAAGCAGAUGGAGGAAGUGGACGGCGAUGAAGAUAGAGUCGGAGACAAGGACGUUUGAUAAUAAGCUGAAUAGAUGAGAGGGGAAGGAGGUAUAGAAGCUCUUCGUCUGCCGAACAUGGAAAUUUUGGAUUUUUUUUUAGCGUGGCACACCGGGUAGAGGUUGUUUUAUUGAUCGAGAAUUAAAUGCUUUGUGCUGGUUUCAGCCUUGGUGGGAAAGUUGACACGCUUGUUUGACAACGAUGUACACAGCGGGUUUUAUGUAGAGAAUAAGGUUUACCCAGUGAUAAGACUUUAGCCACGCGCACAUCCCUUCGAUCUUACGGUGGACGGGGUAUUAUGUGAGUACGCUGCGGUACAUGACACUAACAUGGUACUUCUUGUUUGUUUUGACACUUUUCAUGCUCCUGUUUGUUGUGGCGUAGGCGAUCACAUGCUCCUGAGUACUAUGUAGACAGGGCAUACGCGCUACGCUGCUCUUCAAGUACAAGUCGUAUCGCUCGAUGCUUUCUUGUCUAUGUAGACGAGGCUUUGGCUGCCGCAGGCGUCCGUACAUGUCGAUUGACUCAACAAACGGUGUGCAUGC